AUGAAAAAUUCAGUUUUAGGAAAUCCCGCGCUUACCCUCGCCACUACUCAACUUCUCAGCGAACAAGCGCGAUUAGCUGCAUUAACCUCAAUUCCAUCAUCGUGUGCAACAGAUGGCUCUUGUGAUCCUCAAGCUGGUGAAUUCAAUAUAUUUCAGGAUGCUGUAAAUGUCCUUGCAACGAGAACUACCACCUCAUCCUAUAAAACUUCUACAGAUGCCAACUCUGUGCUGUCAUCAUUCAUCUCCAAGCUCCUUGCUGAUUCCUCUAAUGAAGGAAAGAAUGGACUGAACAGAGCGAAGCCCUCAUCGUCAUCUGCCACGUCGUCAUUGACAAGCGCCUCGAUGUCAGUUUCAAAUACUCCAAAGCCCACCGUUAUCAGCCCGUCAGAAUCCACUAAUGGUGUUAUUCUUCAACAAGAAAGCACUUGCGAUUUAACGCCUGAAAAUCAUGGGAAUGCGCGUAAGGGACAAAUAUUGGAUUUAUGUAUGGAACAACCUUUGAAGAAGCUAAGCAAGGGUCAAAGUCCAACGCUUCUGAACUCACUAUCGCUUACUUCGCGACCUGUUAAUCAGUGGAGUACAGCGGAUGUGGAUGCUUCUACCUCAAAUGUACAAAACUCACGUCCAGAAAUAGACGACUUGGAAAGUUUUGCGCAGCAUUUCAAAAAACAACGCAUCAAAUUGGGUUUGUGGAGCUUAAGCUACACUCAAGGUGACGUUGGGCUCGCGUUAGGCCGAAAGUAUGGCACGGACUUUUCCCAAACUACCAUCUCUCGGUUUGAGGUUGGUUGUGUUGAGUCGUCAAAUAGGUUUUUUCCAAAUAUAAAACUACAAAUUGGUGCAAAAAUCUGGCGGCAGUGGUCUUGGCCACUUCGUCUCCCUUCCGUAUCCCUUUUGUCAGGAUUUAUCGUGUGA